CCCACCUAUCACUCCUGCUCCGCCCCACAGAUUCUUAACUUUUCAAAUGUAAGCCGUGCCCAGGUUCCUACAACAGCAGGUGGCAUUCUGACAUCAGCAGAGGCUGAUGUUCCUUCAGGUACGGAGGAAACUCUAGACCAGACACCUGAAAAGAAUUCAGAGCCCAACCAAUGCCAUGAGCAGCGAAGACUUCGUGGAGCUGAAGAGUAGGACGGCCGCCAGGGCGGAGGGCUACAGCAACACUGGCUUCCAGAAUGAAGAUGACUUCGAUGAAAAACAGAACACAUCAGGAAACAACAACUCACUAAGGUGUAGAGCUGUGCAAAACACCCAGCAGGACGAAGAGCAGGUCACCAUUGAGCAGGAUUCUUUAAGAAACAAAGAAGAUGUGGAGGAUGAUCCAGAGGCACAUCAAAAAGGGUAUCUGGAAAGGAAGUAUGAUACAGUUUGUGAUUUUUAUAAGAAACACAAAACCACCCUUCAGUACAUCCUCUGGGGCAUCUUAAUAGUAGGUUACCUGGCAAUGGUGAUUGCAGCUUGUGCGCUGAACUUUCAUAGAGCCCUUCCCCUUUUCGUGAUCACCGUGGCUGUCAUCUUCUUUGUUGUCUGGGAUUACUUUAUGGCCAAAUAUGAGCAUCGAAUCAAUGAGUGCCUAUCUCCUGGCAAAAGGCUCCUAAACAGCCAUUGGUUCUGGAUGAAGUGGGUGAUUUGGAGCUUACUGAUUCUGGGUGUUAUAUUCUGGCUCAUCUUGGACACCGCCAAACUGGGCCAACAGCAGCUGGUGUCCUUUGGUGGGCUCAUAAUGUACAUUAUCCUGGUAUUUAUAUUUUCCAAGCACCCAACCAAAGUUUACUGGAGGCCUGUCUUUUGGGGAAUUGGGUUACAGUUUCUUCUUGGGCUCUUAAUCCUAAGGACUGAACCUGGAUUUAUGGCUUUCGAUUGGUUGGGUAAACAAGUUCAAACCUUCUUGGAGUAUACUAAUGCUGGGGCUGAAUUUGUCUUUGGUGAGACAUAUGCAGACCACUUCUUUGCAUUUAAGGUCCUGCCAAUCGUGGUUUUCUUCAGCACGGUCAUGUCCAUGCUCUACUACCUCGGGUUGAUGCAGUGGAUCAUCAGAAAGGUUGGAUGGGUAAUGCUAGUUACUAUGGGAUCAUCUCCUAUUGAAUCUGUAGUUGCCGCUGGCAACAUAUUUGUUGGACAGACGGAGUCUCCACUGCUGGUCCGACCCUACUUACCACACAUCACCAAGUCUGAACUCCAUGCAAUCAUGACCGCUGGGUUCUCUACCAUUGCUGGAAGUGUGUUAGGUGCAUACAUUUCUUUCGGGGUUUCAGCCUCCCACCUGUUAACUGCUUCAGUCAUGUCCGCACCUGCAUCAUUGGCUGUGGCUAAACUCUUUUGGCCUGAGAGAGAAACACCUAAAAUAACCCUCCAGAACGCCAUGAAAAUGGAAAGUGGUGAUUCAAGGAACCUCCUAGAAGCCGCAACGCAGGGAGCAUCCUCAUCCAUCUCCCUAGUGGCAAACAUAGCUGUGAACUUGAUUGCCUUCCUGGCCCUGUUGUCUUUUUUGAAUGCAGCCCUGUCCUGGUUUGGAAACAUGUUUGACUACCCACAACUGAGUUUUGAGAUAAUAUGCUCCUACAUCUUCAUGCCCUUUUCCUUCAUGAUGGGAGUGGACUGGCAAGACAGCUUUAUGGUUGCCAAGCUCAUAGGCUAUAAGACAUUUUUCAAUGAAUUUGUGGCUUAUGAACACCUCUCAAAAUUGAUCAACUUAAGAAAAGAGGCUGGACCCAAAUUUGUGAAUGGUGUGCAGCAAUAUAUGUCAAUUCGUUCUGAGACAAUUGCCACUUAUGCUCUCUGUGGCUUUGCUAAUUUCGGUUCCCUAGGAAUAGUGAUCGGCGGACUCACAUCCAUGGCUCCUUCCAGAAAGCAUGAUAUCGCCUCAGGGGCAGUGAGAGCUCUGAUCGCUGGGACCGUCGCCUGCUUCAUGACAGCCUGCAUUGCAGGGAUGCUCUCCAGCACCCCAGCAGACAUCAACUGCCAUCUCAUUUUGGAGAAUGCCUUCAAUUCCAGUUCGCCUGCAAACACCACUGAGGUGGUAUCUUGUUGUCAAAGUCUAUUGAACAGCACUAUUGUCAAUGGUCCUGGUGACGUCAUCCCAGGAGGAAACCACACCUUGACUUCUUUAAAGGGCUGCUGCACAUUGCUGACUCCACCAACACUGAACUGCAGUUGGAUCCCUAAUGCAUUUUGAGUUCAGCUACUUCUCCAACAGAACUCUAGGUACAGUUGCUGAAUUUUCUACUUUGGGGAGGAAAAGAAAAACUGUUCUUCGCAGAUGGAAAUUCCCAUCAUGGAAUCAGCUUUCAUUGGAAAGAAGAAAAAUAGGAAUGAACACUGCAGAUCUCCAGCAUCAUCCCCCUCUCCAGCCCUCCCUUCCCCAAACCCUUCCCCACUGACAACCACUAUGAUAUCUCAAGAUGUGUCUCCAGUCCCAGAGAUGUUUUCUGACCCUAGAAUUUUAUGAUAGUUUGACCAGAAUACAGAUAUAAAUGGUUGCUCAUGACAACGGGACUAUGGCUCAGCCACACCCAGAGUGGCUCACUUCUCAAACAUCUCAGGGGAGGUCACUGCAUUCACCUGGACCUUGAAUCUCACAUGGAGAAUCGUUUAUCACCCAGUCAUUGCCUGCCCUAGGGAGGUCCUACAGAAAUCAAGAGUGCACCAGGAUUACAUUUAGACCGUUCUCAAACCAGGUUUUAAAUCCCAUGUGCUUAGUUAGACCAGUCAGCUUACCCCCAAACUAUGGUGUAAUAACAAAUAAGCCAAAAACCGUGGUGACUUACAAGUUUAUUUUUCCCCUCACACCAUAUGCUUAUGGAGGGUCGAUUUGGGCUCUAUUUCAUGUUGUCUUCACUUCCAGAACCCAGGCUAAAGGAGCAGCCACUAUGUGGGGUAUACUGGGACAGGGGGGAAAGGUGGCCCUUAAAUUUUCUGCUAGGGAGAACGCUUCACUUCUACUACCUUCCAUUACCUGAAGUUAAUCAUAUGACAAGCACAAUGUCAAUGGUUAUGGAUGAAUUAUCCUGUCCUCGGGAGGGAUAGUGAGUAUUUUGAAGAAACAACAUGAUAUACUAUGUGGAUGCAUGAUUUCCAUGUUUCCCUUCAAUGUGUCAACAUGUUAUAGAGUGUAACUGAAAGCCUACUCAUGCAUAAAUUUGGUUAUGUUACUAGUGACAACACUGGAAAAUGGCACUACUUUUCAUUCAAAAGGCCACUUAAGGACCAUUUGAGAAGAGGAAUAAUUCCUGGUUAUUGAAACCCUUCCACCAAUACUUCCAUUAACCAGGAAAGAAUCAGCAUCAAAGUUGCUUACUGAGUAUCAAAGAAGAACCUUAAUGGGUUCUGAGAUUUGAUAUGUGUCAGAAGAAGAAUCCAGAGUCAAUGGCAGGGUUCUCUUUAAUGAAAUGCUCAUUGCCAAUUCUCUUAAUAGCUCAAAGACCACAUUAUGUGAGGAAACACAAAUACCAAUGACUGAGCCAAAAGGUGAUUCACAAGUAAGAAAAAAUGCGGGAAAAGGUUUGGGAAUACCUGAAGUAAUUUAUUUUAUUUAUGCUUUCUUUCUUUCUUGUUCAUGCACAAUUUUUUGAAAUAUAUAUGUAAAUACC